ACGGGCGAGAAGCCCUAUGGCUGCUCCACAUGUGGCGAGAACUUUGCCUUGUUGUCUAGGCUACGGCAGCACCGGCAGUUGCACACGGGCGAGAAGCCCCAUGUCUGCUCCACCUGCGGCCAGAGCUUUGCCCGAGUGUCGGCGCUGUGGGUGCACCAGCGGGUGCACAGCAGUGAGCGGCCCUUCACCUGCUCCGACUGCGGCAAAGGCUUCAAGUCGUCCAGGGAACUGAAGGUGCACAGGCACGUGCACACCAGCGAACGCCCCUACACCUGUAGCUACUGCGGCAAGGGCUUCACCCGGUACAGCGGCCUGCAGAAUCACCAGCGCACCCACACCGGCGAGCGCCCCUACACCUGCACCCAGUGCGGCAAGGGCUUCACCACCUCCACCAGGCUGCUGAUACACCAGCGCUCCCACACCGGCGAGCGCCCCUACACCUGCGCCCAGUGCGGCAAGGGCUUCACCCAGUCCAGCAGCCUGCUGGUUCACCAGCGCAGCACCCACACCGGCGAGCGCCCCUACACCUGCGCCCAGUGCGGCAAGGGCUUCACCAACUCCACCAGGCUGCUGAUACACCAGCGCAUUCACACCGGCGAGCGCCCCUACACCUGCGCCCAGUGCGGCAAGGGCUUCACCCAGUCCAGCAGCCUGCUGGUUCACCAGCGCAGCACCCACACCGGCGAGCGCCCCUUCACCUGUGCCCAGUGCGGCAAGGGCUUCACCAACUCCAGCAGCCUGCUGGUUCACCAGCGCAGCACCCACACCGGCGAGCGCCCCUACACCUGCGCCCAGUGCGGCAAUGGCUUCACCACCUCUACCAGGCUGCUGAUACACCAGCGCUCCCACACCGGUGAGCGCCCAUACACCUGCGCCCAGUGCGGCAAGGGCUUCACCCAGUCGAACAGCCUGCUGGUUCACCAGCGCAGCACCCACACCGGCGAGCGCCCCUUCACCUGUGCCCAGUGCGGCAAGGGCUUCAUCUGCUCCUCCAACCUGCAGAAGCACCAGCGCACCCACACCGGUGAGCGCCCCUACACCUGCGCCCAGUGCGGCAAGGGCUUUACCACCUCUACCAGGCUGCUGAUACACCAGCGCUCCCACACCGGUGAGCGCCCAUACACCUGCGCCCAGUGCGGCAAGGGCUUCACCCAGUCGAACAGCCUGCUGGAUCACCAGCGCAGCACCCACACCGGCGAGUGCCCCUUCACCUGUGCCCAGUGCGGCAAGGGCUUCAUCCGAUAUGGCUAUCUGCAGAAGCACCAGCUUACUCACACCGGCGAGCGCCCCUACACCUGCGCCGAGUGUGGCAAGGGCUUCACCUGCUCCACCACGCUGCUGGUGCACCAGCGCACCCACACCGGCGAACGCCCCUACACCUGCGCCCAGUGCGGCAAGGGCUUCACCCAGUCCUCCAACCUGCAGAGGCACCAGCGCACCCACACCGGCGAGCGCCCCUUCACCUGUGCCCAGUGCGGCAAGGGCUUCAUCCGCUCCACCAGGCUGCUGUCCCACCAGCGGGUUCACACCGGUGACAGUCCCCCCUACGACUGCCCGUACUGUGGUGAGUCGUUUGACAGCUCGCGCGGGUUGCGGCAUCACCGGCGGGCCCACGUCGUCAAAGGGAGUGAAGCCCAGAGGGAGGUGGCCAUCUUUGAUCAAGGCACUUCCCCACUCCAUUGA